AUGGACAAUAUGUCUAUUACUAACACGCCAACAAGUAAUGAUGCUUGUCUGAGCAUUGUUCACAGCUUGAUGUGCCAUCGACAAGGUGGAGAGAGUGAAACUUUUGCAAAACGCGCAAUUGAAAGUUUAGUUAAAAAGCUAAAGGAGAAAAAAGAUGAAUUGGAUUCUUUGAUUACAGCUAUAACCACAAAUGGAGCUCAUCCUAGCAAGUGUGUUACAAUACAGAGAACGCUGGAUGGGAGGCUUCAGGUGGCUGGUCGCAAGGGAUUCCCUCAUGUGAUUUACGCUCGUCUUUGGAGGUGGCCUGAUCUUCAUAAAAAUGAACUCAAGCAUGUUAAAUAUUGUCAGUAUGCUUUUGACUUAAAAUGUGACAGUGUCUGUGUAAAUCCUUACCAUUAUGAGCGUGUAGUAUCGCCUGGCAUAGAUCUCUCAGGACUGACACUACAGAGUUCUGCUCCAUCGACUAUGUUGGUGAAAGAUGAAUAUGUUCAUGACUACGAGGGGCAGCCAUCAUUGUCUUCUGCAGAAGGCCAUUCAGUCCAAACCAUCCAGCAUCCACCAAGUAACAGGGCAUCUACAGAAGCUUAUAACGGUGCAUCUACAGAAGCUUAUAGCCCCCCAGCCAUGUUAGCUCCUACUGAGGCUAGCACUACCAGCACCACUAAUUUUCCCAACAUUCCUGUGGCUUCAACAAGUCAACCUACCAGUAUAUUGACAGGUAGCCAUAGUGAUGGACUCUUACAGAUUUCUUCAGGGCCUCAGCCAGGAACUCAACAGAAUGGGUUUACAGCUCAGCCAGCUACAUACCGUCACAAUAGUACUACAACUUGGACUGGGAGUCGGACAGCAGCUUACACACCUACCAUACCUCACCACCAGAAUGGCCAUCUUCAGCAUCAUCCACCUAUGCAUCCUGGACAUUACUGGCCAGUUCACAAUGAACUUGCAUUCCAGCCUCCUAUAUCAAAUCAUCCUGCUCCAGAGUAUUGGUGUUCAAUUGCAUAUUUUGAAAUGGAUGUGCAAGUUGGGGAAACAUUUAAGGUCCCUUCAAGCUGUCCAGUUGUUACUGUUGAUGGCUACGUGGAUCCUUCUGGAGGAGAUCGCUUUUGCCUGGGCCAGCUUUCCAACGUGCAUAGAACAGAAGCCAUUGAGAGAGCAAGGUUGCACAUAGGUAAAGGGGUGCAGUUGGAAUGCAAAGGAGAAGGUGACGUGUGGGUUAGAUGCCUCAGUGACCACGCAGUCUUUGUUCAGAGUUACUACCUGGACAGAGAAGCAGGGCGUGCACCAGGGGAUGCUGUUCACAAGAUCUACCCAAGCGCAUAUAUAAAGGCUGCCCCUGCCCGGGCUGCUGCUGCUGCUCAAGCUGCAGCAGUAGCUGGAAACAUCCCUGGACCAGGAUCAGUAGGUGGAAUAGCCCCAGCCAUUAGUUUGUCAGCUGCUGCUGGAAUUGGUGUAGAUGACCUUCGACGCUUAUGCAUACUCAGGAUGAGUUUUGUAAAAGGUUGGGGACCUGAUUACCCAAGACAGAGCAUCAAAGAAACACCAUGCUGGAUUGAAAUUCACUUACACCGUGCCCUCCAGCUUCUAGAUGAAGUACUUCAUACCAUGCCUAUUGCAGACCCACAACCUUUAGACUGA